AUGGCGUGGUUGAGGGUAAUUUCCUUGCUACUUCUAGCCAGUGUAACGGCUGUGAAGCGAGAGGAUUUCAAAACUUGUGAUCAGUCAGGGUUCUGUAAGAGACAACGAGGCGCGAAGGACACCGGCUACGAAGUGCUUCCUGAGUCAGUAAAAGUCGAUAACAACUAUGUCGCCGCAGUACUUCAAAAUCCACAAAACAAACUCGCUUUGCGAUUAUGGGGCUUGAAAGAUUCAUCAGUUCAAUUACGGAUAGAUGAAACAGAUGCUGCAAUUAGAGGGCGUUUCUUCCCGCAACAUGCCCUGAACGGUCAACCCGAGAAGUUGCCGUUUUCUGACGUCAAUGUUAGAUCGGAUUCCGUUCAUGUUACCACCGGUGAUAAGAAGUUGAAGGUAGUGAUCACAUUCAAACCUUUUGUGGUGGAACUAUACGACGAGAACUCGGAGCUCAUUGCUCAAGUGAAUCGCGAUGGAAAACUGAUGGUCGAAGAAUACCGCCUAAAAGAAGAAACAAAGGAAUAUCCUGAGAAUUUCUGGGAGGAAACCUUCAAGUCGCAUACGGACUCGAAACCAUUUGGAUCCAGUAGUGUUGGGGUUGAUGUUUCUUUCAUUGGUUUCCGAAAUGCUUACGGGUUACCAGAACAUGCUGAUUCAUUCGCAUUGAAAUCUACCGUAGGCAACACAGAUCCCUUCAGGUUAUACAAUCUGGAUGUAUUCGAAUACGAAAUAAACAAUCCAAUGUCGCUUUAUGUUGCCGUACCCUACAUUGUAGCACAUAAAAAGAAUGCCACAGUAGGAGCUCUUUGGUUGAAUGCUGCCGAAACAUGGAUCGACACGAGCUCAUCCGUCUCCAAUAAAGGAUUUUUCCGUAGCGUAUUGGACAAGAUGGUGCCAGGACAAGAAGUUCCACACUUUGACGCUCAUUUCAUGUCUGAAACUGGUUUGAUAGACAUUUUCUUUUUCGGAGGGCCUUCACCACGGGACGUUCAACGGCAGUUAUCCCGAAUAACUGGGGUGACUCCUAUUCCUCCACUGUUCUCCAUCGCAUACCAUCAAUGCCGAUGGAAUUACAAUGAUGAACAGGAUGUGGCUGAGGUAAACGAAAACUUUGAUGUGUAUAACAUACCAAUGGAUGUGAUUUGGUUAGAUAUUGAGCAUACUGAUGGGAAGAAGUAUUUCACAUGGGAACCACAUAAGUUUGCUCAUCCAAAAGAAAUGAUCGACGGUGUGGCUGCGAAGGGACGUAAAAUGGUGACCAUCAUCGAUCCUCAUAUCAAGAAAGAUGAUGGCUAUCCAAUUUAUAAAGAUGCCAAGGACAUGGGAUUAUAUGUGAAAAAGGCUGACGGCCAAACUGAUUUUGAAGGACACUGCUGGCCAGGUUCAAGCGCCUAUUUGGAUUUCCUUAACCCUGAGACCCGAAGGUACUGGGCCGCUCAGUUUUCUUUUGACCGCUACAUUGGGUCUACUCCUCAGCUGUUUACUUGGAACGACAUGAAUGAGCCAUCAGUAUUUAGUGGACCAGAGGUGACCAUGAACAAAGAUGCCCUUCAUUUCGGUGGCAUCGAGCAUCGAGAAAUACACAAUAUGUAUGGUUUUCUCCAACAUUCAUCGACAUUUGAAGGGCAACUCCAACGUACCGGUGGGAAGGAUCGGCCAUUCAUACUUACUCGGUCAGGAUUUGUGGGAUCUCAACGAACCGCUGCAAUCUGGACCGGAGACAAUACUGCUGACUGGACACACUUGGCCAUAGCAUCUCCUAUGUUAUUGUCAUUGUCAGUUUCUGGUGUGCCCUUUGUUGGUGGGUAG